AUGUUUAGGAAAUUAUUUUUGUUUAUUGUGCUUCUGUUUUUAACUCUAAAUUAUACUCAAUGUAAGAAGUAUCGAAGGCAUUCGGGUACGAAUUAUAAUGGACGAUGGGGUUCAGUGAGUAUUCCACCAUCAUAUUACAAUACUGGACACAGUUACCCUCCAUCUGAGUCAGGGCUUUCUGGCACAUCGCAUACCUUGAAUUCACCAUGGAGUUUAUACCCUUCUUCAUCACGACUAUCAGGAACGUCUACAGGAAGUUAUUAUCCUCCAUCCGGUUCUUCAACAGGUUCCGGAUAUCCAUCAAGUAAUCGACUUUCCAGGGCAGGGCUUCCUGUUGUGGGCAACCAAGUUUAUCGACCAUUUUCAAGUAUUACCGGUAACAAUAAACCCACAUAUCCUUCUUCAUCAGGCUUAUCAGGAUCUAGAAUUGAACCUGCACGAAAUUAUCCUGCACCUUGGCCAAGUACCGUACAGAAUUAUGGAUACAAUAACGGCCUCACUGGUUAUCGUUAUCAU